CCCGCUACGUGCUCGCGCGUGGAGCGCCGCUGUUUCCGUCCCGCAAAGGAGAAGAUAAAAACCGCCAUCGCCACCGCCACCGUCGUACAGAGACCACGCACAGUUCGCGCGAUGUGUCACUGAAUUUUGAAUCACUGUUGACAGUGACAGUGGAUCGGUGCAACGUGCUCCGCGCUCUCGUUUCUCGUCCCGUUUGCUACACACGCAGAAAAUGACAUACGAGGAGCAGCCGCUCGGUAAGGUCGAGCUGAAGAGAGAGCUGGGGCUCUUCAGCGCGGUCAGCAUCAUUCUGGCGAUAAUGAUAGGUUCCGGCAUCUUCGUGUCACCGACCAGCGCGUUUGAGCGAUCGGGAUCUGUGGGAUUCUGCCUGGUCGUUUGGAUCAGCUGCGGCGUGCUGUCCCUGUUGGGCGCGUUGGCCUUCGCCGAGCUGAGCACCGUGGUACCGCGUUCCGGUGCCGAGUAUGCGUACUUCAUGGAGGCCUUCGGGCCACUACACCCAUACGCAGGUCAAAUACCAGCGUUCACCUGUUCCUGGAUCUACGUGAUGCUGCUACGGCCUGCGGAGGUGGCAGUGAUUACGCUGACCUUCGCAGAGUACAGCGUGCAGCCGUUUUCCGGAUACCUCUGCAGUCUAUCCGGUGAUUCCAUGGCAACGCUGAAGAAACUCAUAGCGGUCAUGGCAUUGGGCCUGAUAACGUAUAUCAAUCUCAUCAGCGUCAAGCUUUAUGUAAAAGUGCAGAACGUGUUCACUGUGUGCAAAGUAGUCGCCUGUAUGGUGGUGAUCGGCGGUGGAUUAUGGUGGCUGGGCUCGGGGCACGUGGAGCUCCUCAAGGAACCCUUUCGCGGCACCACCACGUCGGCCGGCAACAUCGCCCUGGCCUUCUACAGCGGACUCUGGGCGUACGACGGCUGGACCGCGGCCGCGAUCGUCACCGAAGAGGUCCAGAGACCCGAGGUCAACAUCUUCCGGAGCACCCUGAUCGCGGUACCGACCAUCACCGUUCUCUACGUGUCCAUGAACUUGAUGUACAUGUCGGCGUUGACGAUGUCCGAGAUGAAGAGCGCGCCGGCGGUGGCGGUCCUUUGGGCGGACCGGGUCCUACCGGCCUGGAUGACCUUCGCGAUACCGCUCGGUGUAGCGCUGUCGACCUUCGGAUGCGCCCUUAGCGUACAGUUCAGCGUGGCCAGGCUGUGCUUCGUCGCCGGGCAGGAGGGCCAUGUGCCGCGAGUCUUCAGUUACGUGCACAUGGAGAAGAUGACACCGGCCGCGGCGGUCAUCUUUCAGGGUAUACUCUCGCUGGCGAUGCUGCUGGUGGGCGACAUAACCGCCCUGAUCGAGUUCGCCAGUUUCCUCAUGUGGGUGUUCUACGGUAUGGCGAUGGUAUCGCUCAUAAUUAUGCGACGGACCAAACCGGACGCUCCCAGACCCUAUACCGUGCCCAUCGUGAUACCCUGGGUGGUACUGGCCAUUUCCAUCUUCCUCGCGGUACUUCCGAUAGUUUACGAGCCAUCGAUAAAGUACCUUUUUGCACUUGUGUUCAUCUUAUGCGGUAUUGUCGUUUACCAUGUAUUUGUGUACAACAAGAUAAGGAAUACUUUAUCAGCCAAGUUGACAUACUUUAUGCAAGCGUUAUGUCUAAUCGUCGCUCCAGAUGCAAAGGAAGACUGACCGAAAAUUUUUCUUAACUAUUAUUGUGUGUACAUCUAAAUGCACGUAUGUGUAUAUGCACACAUAACAAUUGCUCACAUAAUGCAUUCAUUUUUCACGUUACAUACGCAUUUCGUAGAUAAAAAAAAUUGCAUUAUUUCAUACUAUACAUAUAUUUUUUUACUAAAAUAAACUAAAAAUUCAAUUCUUGUAGUAAACGUAAAAAGAAUCGAUAAAAUGCCGUACAUUAUGUAAAAUGAAUGAAGAAUUUGUGUGUAUAUUUAUAGACAUAUUUUAUUAGAUAUUAUUUUAUAUCUUAAGAGUGUAAUUGAAGUAUUGUAUAUAGAAACUAUCAAGAUGUAUAAGAGCGUAAUACAACACGCUAAAAGUUGAAAAAAAUAGUUUAUAUAUUAUAAUAGUGCAAUAUUACAUUUUUCUAUUAAAUUAUUUUUUAACAUUUUACAUAUAAUAAAUGUCGAAACGUGUCUAUAUUGCAAUAUCCCCUGUUUUAUUUACAAUGUCAGAUGUUUAUUAUAUCUAAUAAUAUUUUGCUAUAUUUAAAAUAGUAUUUCAGAAACUUAAAAUUUUUUAUUGAUCUCCUACUUACACUUUUUUGUAACAUUUUUUCAAUGCAUUGUAAUAUACAGUAAAAUGACUAUUCGAACUUUUAUACAGUUGAUAAUAUUUUUAUACAUAUAUAAUAAAUAGAAUAAGAUAGAUGUAUAUAUAAA